UUCAAAAAACAAUAUGCAGCUUCUAUACAGCCAUUAUUUCAACAAAAGACACAAAAUUUUCGAUGAAGCUGUCAAAAUGCCUGUCAUACAGUAUGUAACCUCUGGUAUGAUCGACGACGUGGAAGAAUAUUUAUACAACAACGGGCCGCUAAAUGUUGAAGAUUGUGAUGAAGUGGAGAAAGACGAAGGAGCAAAUGAUAAUCGCCAGGAUCAACAACAUGUUACUGCCUCACGCAUCAAUGGCGAUGAUCAUCAACAUCAAGAGGCUACGACCGCACCAUUCGAAAUCGUAAAACAGAACACUUCGACGCUGUACACUGACCUUUUCGCUGACAACAUCCCGAUACACGAGGCAGCUGCGGUACAAGAAAACCUCACCGAAUUCAAUACAUUAGAUCAGCGUAUGGAAGAUACGGAUGAGUACAUAAUACCACCAGUGGAUACGACACAUGUCUACAACAGAAGAAACCUGGCUGGAAACCUGGAUGGGGAAGAUCCGAUUGACGAAGGUGACAUACCAUCAAAUACGGAUUGGUUUGAUGGGUGGAAUCCGAAUGAACAUAUUUCAGCUUUGAAUUUAGAUGAAAUGGACAUAGGGACACAAACGCAAAAAGAGAUUGACUACUGCAGCACUCCGGUUCAACUAACCGGGGUGAUCUAUGAUCAUGCUGCGUGGGAAGCCUCGAAAAAAAGUAAAAAGUUGGACAGGGUGGCGAAACAAAUCAAGAGUUAGAGGGCGAUGGAGAUGCAAGGUUGGAACAUGAAAACACAGGGAAAGAUAAAGGAUGUGAUGAUGUUCAUAAUACCCCAUUUGAUGAUGGUGGUAUUUCGGACUCAUGCCUGGCUGCUUUACAAACCAUCGAACCAGGCGUAUACAGGCAGACUACAGAAGUGGCACAAGCAGAUGUGGUAAACAACAUGGACCAACCUGUAAAUUUGGCAGAGUGCAGUCAGCAACAAGCACAUAAACAGAAUACAAUAACCGACGCCUAUGAUAAAGAAAAGCCUCCGACAACAUCAGCUGAUGAACCUGAUGAAGUGACCGAAGCAGAAAUGCAGUCGGUUGAGACACUUUUAAAAUUGGCUCCGAUCCUACAAACAUCAAGUGCAAGUAAUCAAAAGACUCCUGUGUCAGCGAACACAAAUAAAACGGAUGACGAGAGGCAUACACACCUAGUGAGAACGCGUAUCAACAUGAUCAGGGAAAAGAACGAAAAGCGGAUGGCAGAACUAGGUGACGCAUACAGAUCACCUUACUGCAACAGGGUAACCAACUUAUAUGAGCCACUUUUGGGACGUGACCAAACAAUCAUCUGUUAUCUCUUAGCUCCGAUGGGAGAUAUUGGGACAUUGAUAUACAAGUCUGACAGUGGAGUCGAAACGCUAAAAAUCAUAUUUGAAACCUUCCACCCAUCGCAAUACAUAUCAUAUGGUGGAAUGGACGCAUUUGUAGAUGUUUUAAACUUUGAAGAGAAAAAAAGGGACAAAAAAUCAUCACCCUACAGGCUGUUCUUGCCAACUACAAUAUUGCAAGACGAAAUGUUUGAGCCAAAAAUCACAGAUAGUGAUCGAUUGAAAGUAUUCGGACCAAGCGUAGACGAUAUAUUGUGUAAGUAUCAGGUGAAGAAAGUUGACAAAGUUGAUCUCAUCUUCAUUCCAGUACUACUUUCUGAUCAUUACUGGUGCCUAUGCUUUAACAUGAAAAAUGGAGAUAUCGAGUUAAUAGAUAACUCUAGGUAUGCCGAAUCGUUUACCAAACGCUACCGUGGACGCCCCGAAAAGCUGCGGAGAGUUCUAAUACUAUACCUAAAAGGCAAAAUUGGACAAAAAGAGUGGAUAACAAAGUUGGAAAAAGCAAAAAUAAUUCGAAAGGAAAUGGAUUGGAGAACUCUUCAAAACGGUUGUGACUGUGGUGUCUUCACUAUGAGACAUAUGGAGACAUACAAGGGCAAAUCUCCAUGGGAUGCAAGGUUUAAAACGGAAGAACAAAAGAAGAUGCAAGAUUCACAACUACGGUUUUUGCGGUACAGAUAUCUUAGUAAGAUUGUAUUGUCCGACUACAAUCUUAUAAGGAAAGAGGUAUACGACAAAGCUACGGACUUUAUGAAGAAUUCGAUCCCCGCAGAUGCUUUGCACGAUCUAGACAGCAAAAUAAGUAACAGAUUGGAUCAGUUCUUCAACCUCAAAAAGGGGAAACAAAAUGAAAAGUCGUAGGACUACUAUCUUGCUGUCUUUUGUUCCAAACAUCUUUGACAUGUUGGAUUUUUUAUUUUUAUUUAUAAUUCUAAUAAUUUCUGGUUAUAAACAUAAA